GGUUCGCUCAGCAGCAUUGGCGCAGCGCUACAGUCUGGGAUAAUCCUUGCAAGACCCUACACACAUACAAAACCAACGCAGCCGGUCGGAGAAGCAAACGUUAUCGACAAGCUUACCAGUGUACCAUAGAUCUUGACCGUGUAGCCCACUUAUGACCAAGAUGACUCACCAUGCUGCAAAACGGUCAAGCAAUUUGUCUCCUCUAUUGCUGCUGCAGGGCACUAACAGUACGUACUGUACCUGCUUUAGUCCAGGUCUCAGCGGACAUUCUUUGGAUGAUAACCCACUCGGUCAGAAGUGAGAUGGAACAGGAACUGUUCGCGAGAGUCAUUUACACCUCAAUCUAUGUACUCCGUACUGUGAGCAUGAUUUGCCGUAGUUUGCCAGCUGAAGUGCAUGUCCUUCAGAUGUCAACAGCUACUAUCAAUCAAUCGGAGGGGCGUGCGGGGAAAGAUCAGGGGCCAGACAUACCGGGCGAUAACAGAAACCGCAAGCGGCAUUGGGCGCUUCCUGAGAGGACUCCAUUCAGUCGCAGAUAGAUCGUGUAUGUUUCAUAUCCCUUGCUUCAAAGGCAUGUAGGCUGAGUCCUGGAAUUAUACUGCGAAAGAGAGAUUUGAUAGAUAAGAUCAACCGCCCGGGCUGUGCUUCUCUUGAGUGUCUCCCUGCCGCACUCAACUAAUCUGAGUGGCGAAGUGGUUUCGACCGGGAUACUUCCGGCAG